AAGGUAUGACAUACACCUGUUUGACGAAUUCGUGCUACGAGGGAAUAUGGCAUUACUACGCUGUUCCGUACCAAGUUUUGUCAAAGAUUACGUCAAAGUAACAUCGUGGGAAAGGGUCGAUGGUUUUUUAAUCACACCUGGAAUGAUUAGCGGAAAAUAUGGAUUACUAGAAGAUGGAAAUUUAUACUUUCGUGAUAUAUCAGAAAGAGAUGCCACUCUUAGUUAUAGAUGUCAUGCAGAAAAUGCCAUAACGAGGGAAAAGAAAGUGAGCAUGAACUAUUCAAAGAUCAUCGUCACUGACCCGCAUCAUAAUCAACCCCCAAGAAUUAUCCAUCGGUCAAUCAGAGUGAAAGCCAAUACUGGACAACGGACUACGUUGUCCUGUAUUGCUCAAGGUCAUCCGGUCCCAAUAUAUCGCUGGAAUAGAAUGAUUGCUGGACAGAGAAUAAUGUCGGAUGUUGAUCCCUCAGUUAGACAAGAAGGCGGUGUUCUCAUAUUCAAUAAAGUCAGAAUCUCUGAUGCUGGACGAUAUUCUUGCCAUGUCAGCAAUUCUGUGGGUGAAGACCGGGCUGAAUUGGAACUUCUCGUAGAAGAACCACUAAGAGUGGCUCUUUUACCUCCAGAGUUGCAACUAGAUGUUGGCAAAACUGCCCUCUUCAAUUGUUCAGUGGAAGGUCAGCCAAUUGGCAGUGUCGUUUGGAAAAAGGACACACGAUUUAUCUCUGCCAAUUCCCGUGUCCAGUUCCCCACACCCACCUCCCUUCAACUGAGACAGUUAAAGAGACAGGAUUCAGGAAUGUACCAGUGUUUUGUCCAUAGGGACGUGUAUUCCUCCCAAGCGGCCGCCAGACUCGUUAUUGGAGACCUGGCACCAUUAUUUAAGCUUACAUUCCCAGAGAAAACAGUCAGACCUGGAAGUUUCAUCUCUCUGUUAUGCAUAUCAAGUGGUAAUCCAGCUCCCCAAAUCAAGUGGACACUAGACGAAAUCUGGACACUCACAACAAGACCAGGUGUCAUUGUCAGUACUUAUCUCAGUGGCGGAGGUGACGUCAUCAGUUAUGUUAAUAUAACAUCCACAGAUGUUACAGACAGUGGCGUGUAUACAUGCACAGCCUUUAAUGAAGCUGGGAGUACAUCUCAUUCUAGACGAUUGAAUGUGUUCGGUUCCUUGUUCAUAAGACCGUUGAGCAACCUAACAGCUUUGGCAGGGGGAACUUUUAGGGUCACGUGCCCCUUCGGAGGAUAUCCAUUCGACAGCAUUACAUGGAAAAGAGAUGGACGCAUUCUACCAGCCAAUCAGCGACAGCAUGUUUUCCCAAAUGGAACGCUCGUUAUCAACGAAAUUCAGCCAACUGUUGACGAUGGUCGUUACAGUUGUGAAGUGCGAGCUCAACAAGGUGUUCCGGUCUCUCGUACUUUCAGAUUCUCUAUCAGAACUGGUCCAAAAGUUGCAAGUUUUUCCUUUAAAGAAAACCUUCAUGAAGGUAUGAGAACAGCAGUUACUUGUAUAGUCGUAGCAGGAGAUGGUCCUCUGUCAACUACAUGGCUGAAAGAUGGUGUACCGCUAGAUGGUGAAGCUCUGGAUGCUAUGGUGGUGUAUGCAGAUGAAGGGUUUGUAUCCACCCUCACAUUAAAGAAUUUAGCAUACAGGCACAACGGAAAUUACACGUGCAUUGCUAGGAAUGACGUUGCAUCAGGAUCUUACAGUGCAUUGCUUACUGUAAAAGUCCCUCCUCGAUGGAUAAUUGAACCAAGUGACUUGUCAGCAGUAGCAGGACGUCCGGCAAGGUUAGACUGUCAAGCAGAUGGAGUACCCUUGCCUCAUGUGCGAUGGAAAGUAUCAAAUGGUGAGCCACCUGAAAAGUUCAAAACCAUUGUCAGCAGCUCCCACGUUCAUAUUUUGGUCAACGGAUCAUUGAACUUCCAGAGUGUUGAUACAGCUGAUUCAGGAUACUAUUUGUGUGAGGCAAACAAUGGAGUUGGUUCCGGCUUGAGUACUGUAGUGAGGCUAUCUGUGCACAGUGCGCCACAAUUUGUCUCAAAAUACGCCAUGAUGACAGCCAGAAAAGGUGAAAAAGCGACGAUGGAAUGCAUAGCUGUUGGCGACAAACACAUGUCAUUUUCGUGGAAGAAAAAUGGGGCUCAUCUAGACGCAACAACUGAAACAAGGUAUUCUCAAACAACAGAAGAGACACCAUUAGGCGGCAGGUCCAUAUUAGUUAUUGAUAAAGUAGAGAAAAAAGACUCAGCUUUGUUCACAUGCGAUGCAAUUAAUGAAUAUGGCGAUGAUUCCAAGAAUAUCCAACUCACAAUUCAAGAUAUUCCUGACGCUCCUCAAAAAACAGAAGUGCAUGACGUGUCUAGUCGUAGUGUCCGUGUGUCAUGGAGCAAACCAUUUGACGGAAACUCUCCCAUUCUCCAAUACACAGUCAUGUGGAGACAGCUGGAAGGUCAAGUCAGUGGAGGUCCCCUGACAGUUCCAGGCAGUGAAACAUCCCUUGUAAUUCGAGGAUUAAAACCAAAGAACCGUUAUUUUUUCCGCGUGAAGUGUGAAAAUUCUCUCGGGGAAAGCCAAUUUGGACCAGAAGUAGCAGCUACAACACUGGAAGAACCUCCCAGAAGAACACCUCAUGGCAUAAAAGCUUUUCCCCUCUCUUCAAGAUCAAUCAACAUCACGUGGCAAAUACCCAAGGAUAAUGAGCCAGACAGUAUUGAUGGCUACUAUAUUGGAUACAAGCCCCAUCUUAAAUCAGAACCUUAUAACUUCAAAGCCAUCAACAUUUCGAAUGCUGUUUUUUCUCAUUUUGUCGUCAAGGAAUUGUCUCCUCUAACAGACUAUAAUGUAAUAGUGCAAGCCUAUAAUGGUAGAGGAGCAGGUCCACCCUCAGAACCUGUCAUUGUGAGAACUCUAGAAUUCGACAAACCAGAACCUCCUGUGAUAAAAACCUACUAUGCGACCUCAAGAACAAUAAAAAUUACUUGGGACCCACAAACUUCUCCUCAUUCACCCAUUUCCGGUUAUAUUCUUCACCACCGAAUGGACGGCAAAGACUGGAAUGAAGUUCAUUUAACUGGAGAAAGAACUUCUUAUACCUUACACGAGUUACAAUGUGGAACAUCUUAUUCUUUUUAUUUGGUCGCUUUCAACAGCGCCGGUCACGGAAACGACAGCGAGAUAUUGUCUGCCAAAACAGAUGGAAUUGCUCCGGUAACACCAGAAAAAGAACGACUUCUUACUGUGAAUUCUACGAGCGUGUGCAUCAACUUAAACAGUUGGCACAAUGGUGGAUGUCCCAUAACUUUCUUCGUCAUACAGUAUCGAGCCAACAGCCAACCAGAAUGGACAUUGGUCAGCAAUAAUAUUAUACCGGAGCAACAAAAUAUAACUAUAACUGACCUUAGUCCUGGAACUUGGUAUACUUUGUUUAUGACAGCUCGCAAUGACGCGGGCACGACAGAUUCAGAGUAUUUAUUUGCAACGUUGACUUUGUCUGGUGAGCAUCCACCCCGUCCUUCUGAAAUAAGCGAUAUGAACAGCACAUUUUAUCGCCACUUGACAAUCACAGUUCCCGUUGUAAGCUCAGCGAUUGUGCUCAUCGUCAUCAUGUGCGCAGUCUGUUUUGUUACAAGAAGAAGGUUACCAGACAGAAAUCCCAGAACAUCGGACGGCGUCGAUAGUAAUGACCUUGUGAAACCAGAAAAUGUACCAUUAGCUGUGACGUAUGAUAGUCACCAAGAACCAACGUAUUACCCGGCUCCUUAUGCAAGCCAUCGGGUACCGAGCUACAGUGAGCACUGCGUACAAAACACUAAUGUGAGCCACAAAAAUACAGGAACUUUUGGGAAUUCCAGAACAGGGUAUACGUAUGAUAUACCUUAUCCCCCAAGAAAUUCGGAGAAAACCGAAGGAAAAUACGAGUCCCCAGCCAUUUAUUUUCCUGCAUAUCAUCAUACAGGCGUUGAGGUGAUGCAGUCUCGAAGGGAAAGAAUUAUUUACAGUGUCUCCGAAAAAAGCAGAAGAAAACUCGAUAAAAAGAGACCUUGGCGAGAACCUGGAGAUGGAAAUUCUAGCACAGAAUCUGAAACAGAAGAUAUUGUUUAUGCCGUCCAUGCUUCUGAUGAUAGAAUAUUCAGAGAUGAGGCUAGAGAAUCUGAAACAGAAUGCGAUAGGCUAUGGAAGGCGUAUGAAAGUUGUCAAUACGAAGAAUCAAAGCGAUGGACAGCAAAUCAUACUGUACUCAGUUAGUACGAAAAGAUUAUUAUUGGAUCAAAUGUACAGAAAUCUGUGCCAAAACUAUUCAUAAAGUGAUGAACUGAGGAAUAUAUAUAUACAUAAACUUAUUGAAUUUUGUUUGUAUUUUCUCAUAAAUUUAAUACUCAUCAAUUGCUGGAGAACCCUUGAUAAUUACAGAGAAGGAAUAAAGAAUGUGUUCUGCUGUGAACUGGAUAUGUUAUUGUUUUUGAUGGAGCUUAUGUGAUACGUUAAUGAGCUUAUUGGAAUUAGAAAGGAUCCAGAUCUGCAUAAAGUGUUUUAAUCUAAUAAAUA